CUCACCUGCUCUGAACUGUUCUCUGCCCAUCCAACACUGAGGACACAUCGACAACACUAUCAAAACCCAGACCCAGAUCUUCGCCAUCGUCUCACGUCAGCCGCAGUAGUGACCUUCCCAAGAUGGCCGACAGCGACGAUAGUAAGUUCCUGUUUCUGCAGAAUGACUUUAAAAACAGUGGACUGGCUCAAGCCGACUGGGCAGCCAAGAAGAUGGUGUGGAUCCCAUCAGAGAGAGAGGGCUUCGAAGCUGCCAGCGUCAAAGAGGAGCAGGGCGAACAGGUCCUGGUGGAGCUGUCGAACGGGCAGAAGACCACAGUGAAUAAAGACGAUGUGCAGAAGAUGAACCCUCCAAAGUUCAGUAAAGUGGAGGACAUGGCGGCUUUGACUUUUCUUAACGAAGCCUCGGUUCUACACAACCUCAAGGAGAGAUACUUCUCCAGCCUCAUCUAUACCUACUCGGGCCUGUUCUGUGUGGUGGUGAACCCUUAUAAGAUGCUGCCCAUUUACUCAGAGAAGAUCAUUGAGAUGUACAAAGGAAAGAAACGCCAUGAAGUCCCUCCACACAUCUACUCCAUCACAGACAACGCCUACCGCAACAUGAUGCAAGAUCGGGAAGACCAGUCCAUCCUCUGCACAGGAGAAUCUGGAGCAGGAAAAACAGAAAACACGAAGAAGGUGAUUCAGUAUCUGGCCGUGAUCGCCUCGUCUCACAAAGGAAAGAAGGAUGCCAACCCCGUGAGUGACCUCUGCUGGACAAACUGCACAUUGUAUAAACACUUUUUAAACAUCUUUGCUAUUUUUCAGCAACAACCUGGAUCUUUGGCUUUUGGGGAGCUGGAGAAACAGCUUCUCCAGGCCAACCCAAUCCUAGAGGCCUUUGGAAACGCCAAGACCAUAAAGAACGACAACUCCUCCAGAUUUGGAAAGUUUAUCAAGCUGAACUUUGAUGUGACUGGUUACAUUGUGGGAGCCAACAUUGACACCUAUUUACUAGAGAAGUCGCGGUGCAUCCGUCAGGCGCACACAGAGAGGGCCUUCCACAUUUUCUAUUACAUGGUGGCCGGAGCGAAGGACAAGAUGAAAGAGGAGCUCCUGCUGGAGGACUUUGGCUGUUACCGAUUCCUGGUGGAGGGACAUGUGGAGGUGCCGGGGCAAGAGGAUGAUGAGAUGUUCACGGAGACACUGGAGGCCAUGGAGAUCAUGGGCUUCACCGAGGAGGAGAGGAUGGGGAUGCUGAAGGUGGUGUCCACUGUGCUGCAGCUGGGAAACAUCAAAUUUGAGAAAGAGCGAAACAGUGAACAAGCCACAAUGCCCGAUGACACUGCCGCUCAGAAAGUGUGCCACCUACAGGGCAUAAAUGUAACUGACUUCACUCGUGCCGUCCUCACUCCUAGAAUCAAAGUGGGACGAGAAGUGGUGCAGAAGGCCCAGACCAAGCAACAGGCAGACUUUGCAGUGGAGGCUCUGGCCAAAGCGAUGUACGAGCGUUUGUUCCGGUGGAUUUUGUUUCGAGUGAACAAGACUCUGGACAAGAGCAAGAGACAGUCCUCCUCCUUCCUCGGCAUCCUCGACAUCGCCGGCUUUGAGAUAUUUGAGGACAACUCAUUUGAGCAGCUGUGCAUAAACUACACAAACGAGCGUCUGCAGCAGCUGUUUAACCACACCAUGUUCAUCCUGGAGCAGGAGGAGUACAAGCGGGAGGGCAUCGAGUGGAACUUCAUCGACUUCGGCCUGGAUCUGCAGCCCUGCAUCGAGCUCAUAGAGAGACCUAAUAACCCUCCCGGUAUCCUGGCUCUUCUGGAUGAGGAGUGCUGGUUUCCAAAGGCCAGCGACACUUCGUUUGUGGAGAAACUUCUGAACACUCACUCGGGACACGUCAAAUUCUCCAAACCAAAACAGCACAUGGACAAGCUUAUGUUCACUGUCCUGCACUACGCCGGGAAGGUGGAUUAUAACGCUGCAAACUGGUUGACCAAAAACAUGGACCCACUGAACGACAACGUGACGGCUUUACUCAACAACUCGUCCAGCAGCUUCAUCCAGGACCUGUGGAAAGAUGUGGACCGCGUGGUGGGUCUGGACACUUUAACCAAAAUGUCGGAGAGUUCAGUCCCGACCAAGUCCAAAAAGGGAAUGUUUCGCACAGUGGGGCAGCUCUAUAAGGAAUCUCUGGGAAAACUCAUGACCACACUCCACAACACGCAGCCAAACUUUGUCCGGUGCAUCAUCCCCAACCAUGAAAAGAGAGCAGGGAAAAUGGAUGCCCCUCUGGUGUUGGAGCAGCUCCGGUGUAACGGGGUCUUGGAGGGGAUCAGGAUCUGCAGACAGGGAUUCCCAAACCGCAUCGUUUUCCAGGAAUUCAGACAGAGAUAUGAGAUCCUGGCAGCCAAUGCGAUUCCUAAAGGCUUCAUGGAUGGAAAACAGGCCUGCUGUCUGAUGGUGAAACACUUGGACCUGGAUCCAAACUUGUUCCGGAUCGGUCAGAGUAAGAUGUUCUUCAGGACCGGUGUCUUGGCUCAACUCGAGGAAGAGCGUGACCUCAAACUCACCGUCAUCAUCAUCGCCUUCCAGGCUCAGGCCCGAGGCUUCCUCGCCAGAAAGGCGUUCAGUAAGCGUCAGCAGCAGCUCACAGCCAUGAAGGUGAUCCAGAGGAACUGUGCCUGUUAUUUAAAACUGAAGAACUGGCAGUGGUGGAGGCUCUUCACUAAGGUGAAGCCACUGCUGCAGGUGACCCGACAGGAAGAGGAAAUGGGUCAAAAGGAGGAGGAGCUAAAGGCGGCGAAGGAUGUGGCGGCUAAAGCUGAGGCCGAGCUCAAAGACAUCACACAGAAACACAACCAGUUACUGGAGGAACGUGCUGCCCUGGAGCUGCGGCUGCAGGCAGAGACAGACCUGUACACAGAGGCAGAGGAGAUGAGGCUGAGGCUCGAGACCAAACACCGAGAGCUGGAGGAGGUGCUCAGGGAGAUGGAGAUCCGACAGGAGGAGGAAGAGGAAAGGGCCAAUUCUCUGCACGACCACAAGAGGGAGCUAGAGCAGCAGCUGCAGCAUGCAGAGGCCCAUAUUGCAGAGCAGGAGGAUGCAUUUCAGAAACUUCAAAUGGAUAAAAACACUUUAGAUGCAAAAAUGAAGAAGGCAGAGGAGGAGAUUCUGAUGAUGGACGACCACAACAACAAACUACAGAAGGAGAAGAAGUUACUGGAGGAGCGACUGGCCGACAUGACUUCAAAUCUGGCUGAAGAAGAAGAAAAAUCCAAGAACUUAACCAAACUCAAGACCAAACACGAGUCUAUGAUCUCCGAGCUGGAGGUGCGUUUGAAAAAGGAGGAGAAGAGUCGACAGGACGUGGAGAAGGCGAAGAGGAAGUUGGAGGCGGAGCUCGGAGAGACGCAGGAGCAGAACAACGAGCUCCUGAGACAACUGGAGGAGCUGAGAGCCCAGCUUACAGCCCGGGAGGAGGAGCUACAGGCCGUCAACGCGCGUCUGGAGGAGGAGAGUACCCAGCAUGCAUUGACUGUGAAGAAGGUCCGAGAGUUGGAGGGUCUUCUGUCCGAGCUCCAGGAGGACGUGGAGAGGGAGCGAUCGCAGAGGAACAAAACCGAAGCCCAACGACGAGAUCUGGAGACGGAGCUGCACCAUCUGAGGACUGAGCUGGAGGACAGUCUGGACACGACAGCAGCGCAACAAGAGCUACGGGCGAAGCGUGAACAGGACGUGCUGAUGCUGAAGAGGGCGAUGGAGGAAGAAGGCCGCGCUCAUGAAGCUCAGAUACAAGAACUGAGACAGAGACACAACCAGAGUCUAGAGGAGCUGAGCGAGCAACUGGAGCAAGCCAAGAGGGUACGUUCCGGUCUGGAGAAGGCCAAGCAGGUUUUGGAGAAGGAGGUGUCCGAGAUGAGAGCCGAUCUGCAAACUCUCUCCAGCGCCAAACAGGAAGUGGAGCACAAGAAGAAAAAGGUUGAAGGUCAAUUUAACGAGCUGCAGACGAGGUUCAGCGAGGGAGAGCGACAGAGGAACGAGCUGGGAGAGAGAGUCAGCAAGAUGGCCAUGGAGCUGGAGACAGUGAACGGUUUAUUGAAUGAAGCUGAAAACAAAAACAUCAAACUGAGCAAAAAUGUGACAAGCCUCAGCUCUCAACUGCAGGACGUUCAGGCGUUGUUGGAGGAGGAGAGCCGUCAGAAGCUGAGUGUCUGUGGGCGUCUGCGUCAAAUGGAAGAGGAGAGGAUCGGUCUGAUUGAGCAACUGGAGGAGGAGACGGAGGCCAAGCACAGCUCAGAGAGACAACUGAGCGGCCUCAACAGCCAGUUGUCAGACAUGAAGCGGCGUCUCGAUGAAGCUCUCGUCUCUGUGGAGUCUCUGGAGGAGCAGAAGAAGCGUCUGCACAGGGACCUGGAUCUGGCCCAGGCCGAAACCCAAGAGAAAGCCUCAUCUCUGGACAAACUAGAGCGGAGCAGAGCCCGUCUCCAACAGGAGCUGGAGGAUGUACUGAUGGAGCUCGAGACUCAGAGGCAGCUCACCACCAACCUCGAUAAGAAACAGAGACGCUUUGACCAGCUUCUGUCUGAGGAGCGUGCUGUUUCGUGCAAGAUUGCAGAAGAGAGAGAUCGAGCUGAGGCCGAGGUGAGAGACCGAGAGACCAGGAUCUUGGCCCUGAGCAGGACCCUGGAGGAGACACAGGGGGCGCUAGAGGACUCCGACCGCACCAUGAGGAGUCUGAGGGCCGAGAUGGAGGAACUGCUCAGCUCCAAGGACGACGUGGGCAGAAAUGUGCACGAUCUGGAGAAGGCGAAACGCGGUCUGGAGCUGAUGGUGGAGGAGAUGAGGACUCAGAUGGAGGAGGUGGAGGACGAGCUGCAGGCCUCAGAGGACAGUAAACUCAGACUGGAGGUGACUCUGCAAGCCCUGAAGACCCAACAGGAACGAGAGCUCCAGACCAGAGAGGAGAGUGCAGAGGAGAGGAGGAGGGCAGUGGUCAAACAGGUUCGAGAGCUGGAGGAGGAGCUGGAAGAGGAGAAGAAGCAGAGAAAUCAGGCCUCUGCAGCAAAGAAGAAACUGGAGUCAGAGCUGAGGAGCACCGAGGAGCAGCUGGAGGUGGCCACCAGGGGGCGUGAGGAGGCUGCCAAACAGUUCAGGAAGAUACAGGGCCAGUUGAAGGACCUGCAGAGGGAGCUGGAGGAGUCGGCCGCAGCCCACAGAGAAGUGUCGUGUUCAGCCCGAGAAUCAGAGAGAAGACUGAAAACUGCAGAGGCCGAGCUCACACAACUGCACGAGAUGCUCUCUGUGGCUGAACGAGCUCGGAAACAAGCGGAGGGAGAGAGGGAUGAGCUGCAGGAAGAGCUGGCUUCCAACUCUUCUGGAAAGUCUGUGUUUGGUGAUGAGAAGCGGCGUUUGGAGAGUCGGAUCUCUCAGCUUGAGGAGGAACUGGAAGAAGAGCAGAACAAUGCGGAGAGUCUGAACGAAAGACUCCGCAAAACACAACAACUGGUGGAGCAGCUCGGAGCAGACCUGGCCUCAGAGCGUCUCUCGUCUCAGGGGAGAGAGUCGUCACGACAACAGCUGGACAAACAGAACAGAGAGCUGAGGGCGCGACUGCAGGAGCUGGAGGGACAGGGCCGCUCCAAACUCAAGGCCUCUGUCGCUGCCCUGGAGGCCAAACUCAGAGAUGCACAGGAGCAGCUGGAGGCAGAGAGCAGGGAGCGUCAGAACAAUGGCAAGAGCCUCCGUCAGAAAGAGAAGAAACUCAAAGACCUCAGUGUUCAGAUGGAGGACGAGAGGAAGCAGGCGCAGCAGUACAAGGACCAGGCAGAGAAGGGAGCAGUCCGUGUGAAGCAGCUGAAGCUGCAGCUGGAGGAGGCGGAGGAGGAGGCUCAGCGAGCAGCAGCCAUUCGGAGGAAACUACAGAGAGAGCUGGAGGAAGCUAAUGAAGCUAACGAAGCUCUGAACCAAGAGGUGUCUGCACUCAGGGGCAAACUCAGGCGAGGCUGUGGCGUCGACUCCGGCUUCGUACCUGUAACUGCUCCUCGCGUCUCCAUGGUGACGGCCGGUAUGGGCGGGGGCUACAGGUCAAUGGGCGGAGUCAGCCUAAGGCCCCGGCCCAAGCAUAACUCUGUGGAUUCAGAGGAAGAGGUCCGAGACAUGAGUCCACCACCACAACAACAACAUGACGAAUACUACGAUGAUGAAGAGGAGACGGAGCAGUGAGGAGGAGGGUCAAAGAUGGCCGCUGUUUAUUUACACUGUUUAAUGUCCCUUAUGUUGAU